AUGCUACUCCGUGGCACUGAUCACACCGGCUCCUCGGAAUGGUGUCUGCUUCGUCUUGGAGAGGCAGGUCCUUUUUCGGGAGUCUGCCGUGACGAAGGCCAGCUACAGGUGCCCGGUCCUAAAUCCUACCCGAUCAUAGGAUCCCUCUUGGAGAUCUUAUCUGAUAAAGAUUUCGACAAGCAAAACAUCUACCGGUACUUCCAAAAGCUCUUCAGAACCUAUGGCCCGGUUGUCAAAGUGGAGUUUCCUGGCAAUCCUCCCUUGGUGCUCAUUCAGAGACCGGAGGACGUGAAGGCGAUGUACAAACUCACCGAGAAGAGUCCGGCGCGGGGCGGAAUGUUGUCUUUGAAGAAGGCGAGGUACAACAACCCUUACUUUCAGAAGAAGGGAGGAAUUGUUGUAGAGGAUGGCAAAGAAUGGUGGAGGGUUCGAUCGAAAGUGCAAGUACCCUUGAUGAAGCCGAAAAAUCUCUGCUUAUACAUAGAGGAGAUGGAGAGGAUUUCUCUGGACUUGAUACACAAAGUGUCGCGACACAGAGACGAAAAAGGGGAGGUCACCUUAGAUUUUCUAGAGGAGUUACAGAAAUGGGCAUUAGAAAGUGUCUGUUUUGUUUCCAUCAACCAGCGCAUUGGGUGUUUCGACGGGGUAGUAAACAAAGAUUCGAAGGAAAUCAGAGAUGCUGCCAUUGAACUCUUGGAUGCCAUCUUCACCUGUGAAACAAGAUCAAAACUAUGGAAGAUUUACCGUACAGAACCUUUCAGUAAAUUGGAGAAGUCGCUGGAAUUCUUAACAGCGGUCUGUGAUAAAGUACUCCACGAAACCAAGAAGAAGCUAGCCAGCAGGAAAGACAAUCUAUCUGAGGAGAAUCUCAACAUCAUGGAGCACCUGCUCUUGUCAGGGGGACUGACACACAAGGACAUCGUGACCUUUAUGAUGGACAUCAUACCUGGAGGGACGAAUACGACAUCGGACAAUGUUGCUGUCGUUUUAUACCUCUUGGCCAAGAACCCUGACGCCCAAAGAAAGUUGCAAGAAGAGCUAGACAGAAUACUUGGUGAUGGAGAGGGACCAAUUACACCUAAGCAACUGGCCCAGCUUUCUUAUGCAAGGGCUGUACUGAAGGAGGCAAAUCGGGUGAUGCCACCAAUGUUUGGACCAGUAAGGUUACUCCAAGAAGAUAUACAAUUCAGAGGAUAUGCUUUGAAAAAAGGGUGGUCUGUCCUCUUCAUGAACGGGCUCCUUGGGUGGGAGGAGUCUGUUUUCCCUCAAGCUGAUAAGUUCAUACCCUGAGCGAUGGCUGCGGAGCAAAGCCACUAGGAGACAUUCACCCCUACACCAUCCUGCCUUUUUCACAUGGGACCCGCAUGUGUAUUGGGAGGAGAUUGGUUGAACAACUGAUUUAUAUUCUCAUGGCAAGACUAUUCCAUCGGUUCAACUUGGAGUGGAAGCACCCGGACAUGGUGAGAGAGUACAAGGUAGUGUUUAGCCCCAAAGGACCGCUCAAAUUUACGCUCUUGGAGAGAUAGCUAGCUCCUGCAGGUGAAGACUACCAAUGUGAUAUGAAGUUAUAAUA